GGCCAGCGUGCGGAAGGUCCAGAAUGCCGUCAUGAACUAUACCGAGAUGGAGUCCAAGGUAGCCAACCCCUGCACAGCAGACGAGCAGCACACUUGACCGCGCACCUGACAGACGGACCACUGACACUGGCGCAGGUGCGCGAGGCCACGAACAACGAGCCGUGGGGCGCCUCUUCGACCCAGCUGCAGGAGAUUGCCAAUGGCACUUUUAACUAGUAUGUUCCCCUGAGUAUCGUGCUCCAGCAUGCUCUCCUGUCGCCGUCACCAUCCCACAUACCCUGUCACGCCGCUCACCGUCUUGCUCCAGCCAAACGCUCAACGAGAUCAUGCCCAUGAUUUACCGUCGGUUCACGGAAAAGUCGGCUGAGGAGUGGCGUCAAAUCUACAAGGCUCUGCAGCUGCUCGAAUACCUGAUCAAGCACGGCUCGGAACGCGUCAUUGACGACGCCCGGUCCCAUCUGACGCUGCUGAAGAUGCUUCGUCAAUUCCACUUCAUUGAUGCGAACGGGAAGGAUCAGGGCGUCAAUGUGAGGCACCGCGCCAAAGAGCUCGCCGAGCUCCUCAACGAUGUGGAGCGCAUCCGAGCCGAACGGAAGAAGGCGCGGGCCAACAAGCAAAAGUUUACGGGCCAUGCCGGCGGCUCCGCCAGCAGCACCGGCCGCUACGGCGGAUUUGGGAGCGACACUGCCGGAUACGGCGGCGGUGGCAGCGGCGGCGGCAACUCGAGCUACGGCGGGUACGCGAGCGAGGUGUAUGGGGACGGCGGGGGCUUUGGCGGCCAGGCCAGCGAUUUCCGCGACACGCAGUCCCGAGGAGACAAGUUUGAAGAAUACGACGAGUUUGACGAGGGAGAUCGGCCCGCUGCUGCGUCGAGCGCGAACAGAGUUGCACGUGCCACAACAGAGAGAGCUGCUGCCGAGAAGCUAGCUGAGCCGCCUAAGAAGAAGGAACCCGAGGUUGAUUUGUUCGACUUUGACGAGCCGGGUGCGGCGUCAAUCUCGGCUGCUCCCCUCACUGCGCCAGCGAGCUCAGGAUUCGGGGCAAUCUCGGCGGCCGCUAAUGACGACGACGAGUUUGACGAUUUCCAGUCGGCGGCCCCUCCAGCCCCGGCAGCCGCGCCUCUACCCUCAUUCGGCGGCGCACUUCCGCCACCGCUCGCACCGGUGAGCGCCACGCAGUUUGCAGCUCCCAAGCCGGUGUCUGCGCCGCAGCAAGCCAACCUCAGCGGCAUGGUCGCGCUCUCUUCAAUCUCCCCGCCGCCCAGCUCGGCAAACUUCUCGGCCUUCGCCACGCCGUUGACGGCCACAUCCAUUGCGACACCAGCCGCCAAUCCCACAUCCUAUCAACCGGCCAAGCCCAACUACUUUUCAUCGGUACCACUACCAGCCACCCAGCAAGUCGGGCUUUCGUCCGGGCUCGGAGCACCCAAGCCUGCUGGACCCGCGGCGUCGAGGCCGGCUGCUGGCGGCGACGUCUUUGGCGCUCUGUGGUCGCAAGCGAGCGUGGGCAUCAAGAAGAGCGCGCCAGUCGGCGCCGGCCCCGCCUUAGGCCAGCUGGCCAAGGAGAAGAGCACCGCUGGGAUCUGGGGCGCUGCGCCUGCUUCCACGCCUGCCCAAAUGAAGCCCUACGGAAGCUCUACGAGUGCCAGCAACGACCUGAACGAUCUGCUUGGCUAAGUCGACUUUGGGCUAUAAACUUACAUCUCGACACGCGCUGUGCCGAUAUGGCUGCGGGGAGGAGCAGGACCAGAGUCACCAUGUCACAGCGAGACCGUGUCACCCAAAAUUUUAUUCUGUUUCUAGCCUUUGCUCUUUCUGUGUACGGCGGGACUGAAAUUGGAAUGAUGUAGGGGUUAACGGGGCGUA